AUAUGUUAUCUCGCAGAGACGGUCGCAAAGAGAGCUCGUAAGAUUUAGUUUAAAAAUUGCUAUAUACUCGCAAUGCUUUCUUUUAAAGUUUGUUUAUACAUAAAACCCGUCCUGUAUCUCAGGGUGUUUGUUAAGUAACAGCAGGAUGGCCUACUAGCUACAGUGGAAAGCAUCGUUCGCUAACCACAAGGUCAAAGAGAACAUGAAUAGCGCCACACUUCGCAUACGUUUGAUAAGCCACUUAUCGGGUUUGGGCUCUCGGCGGGCAUCAAGCUCGAGCAACGGCGAUGACAUUGACGCAACGAAAACAGAUAAUGUGCCUGAGCUUCCACCCGAACCAACCACUUGCUGUAUGUCCGGCUGUCAGAAUUGCGUUUGGAUACAGUACGCGGCUGAGCUGACAAAAAUUCUGGAUGACGGAGGUGAUGCUGCUCGUGAGAUUGUAUUGCAGAAAAUCACGGACCCAAGUUUGAAAAUGUUUCUCAAAAUGGAACUACAGAACAUACCGCCCACGAAGGACGAUACCUCUACGUAGUACCUCACAUGUAGACAGAUUUACAAUAACCCAAUCUACAAUUAUUUGUUUUAGUUCUUAAUUUAUAAGUAGUAAAAUGGUUCUAUUGGCUCUGCGCCAACCACCCGCCUUGCCACGUCGGUUUCGAGAAUCCAGGCCAGCUGAAGGACAACGACUUGCGUUGCGGACUACUCUAUCACCGGAGGUUAUAAACCAUAUGUAAUAUAGAUAAUAAGAACAACGAUUUCUUGUUUUCA